AUGGCUUCUUUAAAAGAGCUGAAAUGGGUCAAUGCUCGUCCCGAUGAUAUGCACCAUCACUUGCGCGAUGGAUACGAUGCAUUGGCUUGUACCGUGUCCCACGUGACAUCUCAAUUUGCACGUUGUAUCGUAAUGCCCAACCUGGUGCCACCCGUAACGACUACGGAGAUGGCAUUGGCAUAUCGAGAACGGAUCAUGGCUCAUGUACCACCUGAGAAGCGCGAACCCAAUAGCGCCAAUGGAUUUGAGCCGUUAAUGACCCUCUAUAUGACGGAUGGCACCUCGGCCGACGAGAUCCGUCGCGCUGCUGCCACCAACAAGAUUGUUGCUGUCAAACUGUAUCCCGCGGGAGCAACGACCAACUCGGAUUCCGGUGUGACCAAAAUUGACAACAUUUAUUCGGCACUGGAAGCCAUGAGCGAAGUCGGAAUGCCCUUGUUAGUGCACGGUGAAGUCACUGACUCGUCUGUGGAUCUGUUUGACCGAGAGGCGACGUUUGUCGAGCAGGUGAUUAAACCGUUGGUAAACAAAUUCCCUCAGCUCAAAGUUGUGAUGGAGCAUAUUACCACGAAAGAAGCGGCCGAAUUCGUCUCGAACGCACCGGCAAACGUCGCUGCGACUAUCACACCGCAGCACUUACUGUACAAUCGCAAUGCGAUUUUUCAAGGUGGACUCCGUCCACACAAGUAUUGUCUCCCGGUACUGAAGCGCGAAACCCAUCGUCAGGCUUUGUUACAAGCUAUCGCGAGUGGAAGCAAGAAAUUUUUCCUCGGUACAGACAGUGCCCCGCACGUAUCUUCCAAGAAAGAAUCUGGCUGCGGUUGCGCCGGCAUAUACUCAGCCCACGCUGCACUUGAGCUGUACGCUGAGGCAUUUGAGUCCAUCGGCAAGCUCGAUCUCUUACGUGCGUUUGCAUGCGAAAACGGCGCCGACUUUUACGGUCUAAAGCGCAACACAUUAGGUGAUACCGUUUUAGCGCAGGAAGAGUGGAAGGUGCCCGACAAGUAUCCGUUCGACAACGGAUUCGUCGUACCUCUUAAAGCCGGCGAGACGAUCCGCUGGAAGCUGCAGCAGUAA